CCCUGUCUUCCUGAUUGCAAGGCUCGACCUCCAGAGCAGGACGGUAGCCUUACCUCGUGAGCGGCCUGGGGGCGUUCGUUGGCUUCGGCCCCUGAGGCUCCGGGAUGUGGCCGCCGUGGAAGACGGCAGACGCCAAGGGGGCACCCACGCCCGGUAUAAAGGCGAGCCACCCUCCCUCGGUUGCUAAGGAGGAAGAUUUCUCGACCAGCCCAUCACAGUUCCAACUCCAGCUUGUGUGAUCUUGCCCAACAUGAAGUUCUCCACGUCUGCCGCUCUGGCGUUCGCCACCGCCGCCCUUGCGGCCCCGUCGCCCACGACCCAGCAGAAGCCCCGCCAGGCUGGCGGUGCCUGCGAGUCGGCCGUGACGCUCGAUGCCAGCACCAACGUGUUCAAGGAGUACACCCUCCACCCCAACAGCUUCUACCGCGGCGAGGUCGAGGCCGCCGUCGAGCAGCUCACGGACGCCAGCCUCGCCGAGGCCGCCGCCGCCGUCGCUGAUGUCGGUACCUUCUUGUGGCUCGACACCAUCGAGAACAUUGGCAGGCUGGAGCCUGCGCUUGCGGACGUUCCUUGCGAGAACAUCCUGGGUCUCGUCAUCUACGAUCUUCCGGGCCGUGACUGCGCCGCUAAGGCCUCCAACGGUGAGCUGAAGGUCGGCGAGAUCGAGAGGUACAAGACCGAGUACAUCGAUGUGAUCGUCCCGAUCCUCAAGGCCAACCCCAACACGGCCUUCGCGCUCGUCAUCGAGCCCGACUCGCUGCCCAACCUGGUCACCAACAUCGACCUGACCACCUGCCAGGAGAGCGCCGACGGCUACCACGAGGGUGUCGCCUACGCGCUCGAGCAGCUCAACCUGCCCAACGUCGUCAUGUACCUCGACGCUGGCCACGGUGGCUGGCUCGGCUGGGACGCCAACCUCGACCCCGGCGCUGAGGAGCUGGCCAAGGCCUACAAGGCCGCCGGCGAGCCCUCGCAGUUCCGUGGUAUCGCCACCAACGUGGCUGGCUGGAACCAAUGGGACAUGGAGCCCGGUGAGUUCUCCGACACCUCGGACGCCAAGUACAACUCGUGCCAGAACGAGAUGUCGUACAUCACCACCUUCGGUGCUUCGCUCGAGGCGGCCGGCAUGCCCAACCACGCCAUCAUCGACACCGGCCGCAACGGUGUCCCCGGUCUCCGCGAGGAGUGGGGCAACUGGUGCAACGUCAAGGGCGCCGGUUUCGGUAUCCGCCCCACCGCCGAGACGGGCACCGAGCUCGCCGACGCCUUCGUUUGGGUCAAGCCCGGCGGCGAGUCCGACGGCACCAGCGACACCUCGGCCACCCGCUACGACGACUUCUGCGGCAAGCCCGACGCCUACAACCCCAGCCCCGAGGCCGGCCAGUGGAACCAGGCCUACUUCGAGGACCUCCUCAAGAACGCCAACCCGGCUUUCUAAGCGCGCCCACCACGGGGCGACUGCCGCCGGCGGCGGCGCUGCUGCUGCUUCUCAAGUUGCUGCUGCUGCCGCUGCCGCCGCUGCUGCGCGGAGGAAUGG